ACAUGUUUUCUAGGACGUCUGUAAUAAUCGAAUAUGGGGUGUACCAUUCGAAUAACAACCCUACUUCUCGUUUUCUGCACUCAGGGUUUCAUCGCUUAUGGCUCUGUCCAGCCUAUUUGGUCUAAUCCAGAGCUAGCUGAAAAUAUUCUAGGAUCCUUUACUGAAUACUUACUGAAAUCUGGGAUAUUUUCUUCAGAACAAAUAGAUGAUAUAUCUUCUAUUAGUCAAACUAUCCUGGAUGCUUUUGGAAGAUCGGGCUUUUCGAAUAACAUCUCCAGCUCAAAAACACGAGCUCUGAAUAUGGCUCUCGCCUCGAGUGUAGCUGAAUUAGUCCUUUCCGAAAAUCCUAGCUUCCCGUUAUCUGACAUAAUAAGAGCAAUAACAGAUGGAUUACGGGAUUCUAUGCUAAAAAAUUCAGGAGGCGUAGAUGAGGUUUCCCUGAAAGAAAUAAAUCAACUCAUAAAUAUGAUUGCAGCAGAUCGUCUAAAUGAAGGCUCAGAUGUAUCAUCCAGAAGUGAAGAAACGCAAAAUGCCUUCGACGGUACAGCUAAUGCGCCUGGUUAUGAUCCUUCUUCAAGCACCUCCAGCCAGGGCUACAGGCCAGAUACAAAACCUAAUGACAGAUAUAACGCCAGAGCAUCAGGAGCAGAAAGACCUUUCCAACGGUAUGGUGCUAGUCAACCUACUGAAGUCGCUGCAGUUACUAGUCAAGGCUUCAGUGAUGUCUCAUACCGUCCAGCGAAUGCUGAAGCAUUUUCACAAAAUGUAGGACUUAACACAUUUGGCAGUACAGGUGAUCUGGGAUUUGGACACGAUUCAACUGCAGUAGCUUCUGCAAACGCUCCAAGUUAUUCAGAUUAUUAUAAACAAGGUGGCAACAGACAGGCUUAUCCAAUGGCCAGAGAUCGUGCACCAGGAGAUGCUGGAAGAGACGAUCAAGGAUUCCAAGAAAGUGGGUAUCCUGUCGACAUUAUCCGCGAUAAUAAAGCAACAGAAUUUGGACAAGGAGGUAGAGAAAGUACGGGAUACGCAAAAGCUAAAGGAUUUCCAGAAGCAUCUUCAGAUGGUGCAGCUGCUAAUAAUAUAAGACAGGGAUACAGAAAUAGUUAUAAAGAUCGUGUGUACAACGCAAGAAGAGAUAGCAGUAUUCCUUCCUAUGGAAACGACAGAGAAAUAAUUUCCAGCUCUAGGGACAUUGACGUAAUAUCGAAAUUUACAAACACUAUCACUUCCAGUCUCCUGUCUUCCAAUGAUUUUACUUCUACAUUUAGAAGCGGGCUACCUGUAACAAACGCUGUCAAUUUAGCCAGUAACCUAGCUCGAUCAUUUGCAACUCAGUUCGGCUUAGAUGACACAACAAUAAAUUCCCUACUUUCUUUAGUUAGCCAGUAUAUUUCAGGACUUGGUCCUUCGGCUGAUGUGUCGGCAUAUGCUAAUGCUAUAUCGCGUGCUAUUGGAGAUACAAUAGAAAAUACAGGAAACGUAUCGCCCAUCUUAACCACAUCUCUAGCAUCUGCAGAUACAAAACCAAUUGCUAAUUUAAUCAGUUCGGUGACAUCAGCCACUGUUAACGCACAGCAACCAAAUCUUGUUCCAAGGAUAGGAGGAUCAAAUUUCAAGAAUUUAGCUGCAAAACAAGUUCAAGAAAACCGCCAAAAUUUUCCUUCCGUGCAGAGUGCAGUUGGAACAAGAAUUCAACCUUCACUUUCGAGAUUUCCUGGACACGGUGCUAAUGCUGCUGCAAGCGGUGGUGGUGGACAGGCAGCUGAAAUACCUAGCACGACUGGUGAUAUUGACGUUAUAUCGCAAUUUACCAACACUAUUACUUCCAGUCUCCUAUCUUCCAAUGAUUUCACUUCUACGUUUGUAAGCGGACUACCUGUAACAAUCGCGCUAAAUUUAGCCAGUAACCUAGCUCAAUCACUUGCAAGUCAGAUAGGCUUAGACGAAGCAGGAAUAAAUUCCCUUCUUUCUUUACUUAGCCAAUAUAUUUCAGCAAUUGAUCCUUCUGCUGAUGCGUCAGCAUAUGCUAAUGCUGUAUCGCUUGCUAUUGGAAAUACACUAGCAAACGCAGGAAACGUAUCACCUGUCCUAACUGCAUCUUUAGCAUCUGCGGAUACACAACAAAUUGCUAAUUUAAUCAGUUCGGUGACAUCAAGCACAAUUAACGCACAGAAGCCUAACAUUAUUCGAAGCGGAGUAGCGUCAACUUUCAGGAAUGUACCUUUAACGCAAGUUCAAUUAAACCGUGGAAAUGUGGGUGCCGUACAGAGCUCAGUUGCUACACGACUUGAACCUUUGCUUACGAGACUUCCAGGACAAGGUUCUGAUGCUGCUGCAAGCGCUGCUGACGAAGUUGGACAAGGAGUUAGAACAUCUGCCACCGCUACUAAUAUUGACGUUAUAUCAAAAUUUACGAACACUAUUUCUUCUGGUCUCUUAGCUUCCAAUGAUUUCUCUUCUAUUUUUGGAAGCGGUCUUCCAGUAACAACUGCGCUAAAUUUAGCCAGUAAUCUAGCUCAGUCACUUGCAACUCAGAUAGGCUUAGACGAAGCAGGAAUAAAUUCCCUUCUUUCUUUACUUAGGCAAUAUAUUUUAUCAAUUGGUUCUACUGCUGAUGCGUCAACAUAUGCUAAUGCUGUGUCGCUUGCUAUUGGAAAUACACUAGCAAAUGCAGGUAACGUAUCACCUGCCCUAACUGCAUCUAUAGCAUCUGCGGAUCCACAACCAAUUGCUAAUUUAGUCAGUUUGGUGACAUCGAGCACUCUUAACACACAGCAUCCUAACAUUAUUCGAAGUAGAGGAGCUUCAAAUUUCAGGAAUGUACCUUUAAAACAAGUUCUAGAAAACCGUGGAAAUCUAGGCUCUGUACAGAGUGGACAAGGUGCUGCUGCAACCGCUGCUGAAGGCGUUGUACAAGGAUCUGGAACAUCUAGCACCGCCACUGAUAUCGACGUUAUAUCAAAAUUUACCAACACUAUUUCUUCUGGUCUCUUAGCUUCAAAUGAUUUCACUUCUGUUUUUGGAAGCGGACUACCUGUAACAACCGCACUAAAUUUAGCCAGUAACCUAGCUCAGUCACUUGGAAUACAGAUAGGCUUAGACGAAGCAGCAAUAAAUUCCCUUCUUUCUUUACUUAGCCAAUAUAUUUCAGCAAUUGAUUCUUCUGCUGAUGCGUCAGCAUAUGCUAAUGCUCUAUCGCUUGCUAUUGGAAAUACAUUAGAAAAUGCAAGAAACGUAUCCCCUGCCCUAACUGCAUCUCUAGCAUCUGCGGAUACACAGCCAAUUGCUAAUUUAGUCAGAUCGGUGACAUCGAGCACUCUAACACAGCAUCGAGCACAGCAGCCUAACAUUAUUCGAAGUGAAGAAGCAUCAAAUUUUAGGAAUGUACCUUUAACACAAGUUCAAGGAAACCGUGGAAAUGUGGAUUCCGUACAGAGUUCAGUUGGGACAAGACUUCAACCUUCGCUUUCGAGAUUUCCUGGGGCAAAGUAUUACUGCUGCUGCAAGAUCUGCUGCUGGAAGUGAACAAGGCGCUGGAACGUCUAGCACCGCUCCUAAUAUUGAAGUUAUAUCGAAAUUUACCAACACUAUUUCUUCUAGUCUCUUAUCUUCCAAUGAUUUCACUUCUAUUUUUGGAAGCGGACUACCUGUAACGACCGCACUAAAUUUGG